ACAACCCGGAACAACUCUCCACCCGCCCGCCACGUCGAGGAAUAUCAGUCAGAAUAUCCUCCCCCCUCAUUCUCAGCAAGCCCGGACCAAAAUUUGCUGUUCUAGUGCCAGACAGACCCCUCCGUUCCAUUAUUGGGAAAUACUGACCCAAGUUUCGUUUCUCCGUUCAUCACCAGUCCCCUUCCUUCUCGCGUCGCACUCAUUGCCCCUUUCCCACAAAAUAUCUCCAACCUCACAAUAUGGGUACCUACAAGCCCAAUACUCUACCGUUAAUCCCGCUCCCGUACUCUGCUGUUCUCUUUCCCGGCGUCAUCCGUAAGUUGGCCUGUGCACCCCCGAUAGGAACACAGCUGACAAUGCCCCCUUUACCCGUAGUUCGCAUCUUCGUUUCCGACCGCCAGGACAUCACCGCUUUGCUUGCUAAGCUCUCCAACAACAACACUACGCCGCUCAAUUCUUCCAGUCUACGAAUAGGGUGUAUCCCGCUGAAGCCGCCGACGCCUGUCAGCCCGCCGAUCGCCAAGACGGACGACGACAAGAAGCGAAUAAUUGAGGAGGAAGGCGAUGAGGUCGAGGAAACUCAGCUGGCAUUCUUAAACAUCGACCCGUCCUCAGCCACGCCGGAGGAAUUAUUCUCGCACGGUACCACGGCCCGGGUGGUCGGUGUGGAGGGCCACUCGCGCGUGGACUCGUUCGGCACUCGUGGGCCCAAUGGGCAGAAUGGAAUCGCUCUUGUGGUGGAGGGGGUUUCCAGGUUUAGGGUCAAGCAGUUUCUACAACGCACUCCCUUCAUCGAGGCAGACGUGGAGAACUUUGUCGAUCCGCCCGUGCAAAAGUCCGAUGUUCCCACGCAUUCCUAUUUCACCCAGCUCAAAACCUUGAGCAGGGAGCUCGUUUCCUUACUCCAGAUGAACUCUUCCAGAGGUGUGGGAUUACCACCGUUGGUCGCCAGGCGGUUAGAGCUCUUAAUCGCCGAGAAAAAGCUCUGCGAUGCCGGAUCCUUGGCGGAUUUUAUGGUUUCCGCUGUAGAAACUACACUCGCCGAGCGUUUGCGGAUCCUCUCGGCCGUUGAUGUCCCGGAAAGGUUGGAGAAGGCGGUCACCGUACUUACCAGGCAGGUUAAUAAGAUCAAGUCAAUUAUUACCAGGAGCAAUAAGAUUCCUCCUCCUCCGCUUAUCGUCAUGGAUAGAAGGGAUGGCCUACCGGGCCUUCCGCCAAGGAGCGCGAAAAGGAGUCCUGGUUUUGGGGACAUGGAUGAGGAUGGAGAGAAUGACGAGGAACUGGACGAACUGUCCAGGAAGAUUGAGGAAGCCAAGCUAAGUCCAGAAGCACUGAAGCUUGCACGGAGGGAAAUGCAGAGGCUGAGAAGAAUGAGUCCUGUCCAGGCUGAAUACGGUGUGUGUAGAACAUAUUUGGAGACUCUAUCAGAGGUAAGCCUUUUUUUUCUUUCUUUCUUCUGUGUAUUUCCCUCGGUAGAUGCAGCAUCUCGGGGGCGCACCGGCAAAGUGAUUUUCCACACUCUAGAAAUCGAGUCAUUUCCGGUGAUGCGAAUCAUAUCCUAAGCACCAUGAGCUUGAUGGUACUCGCCCACACCGAGAAAUGACUUCCCUCACUGAAUAAUUCCAUGGAUGCAUCCCCCGGCCAAAGGUCAGCAACUCGGUGGAAUCCCGCCGGACGCCUAAAGCUCUCAUCGAUAACCACAAUGCAACCGGCAUUCAGGCUCGACCAAUUCCUGGGGAUCGCCCAAUCUUCGUUAUGAUAAUUGUGUGGUCACUGCCAUGGGCUGAGAGAGAUGAGGGCGUAUGCCCCGGAUUUCUGUUUAAGCAUAGAAUUGGAGUAUCAUGAGAAAAACUGGCUCCUCCUCUGGAGCAUCCAAUUGUAGUUCCGAUCCCUUUGGCAUCACCUCUCACAACAAUGCGUGUUACGGAUAUCACUCGUAAUUAAUAUAUCCGGUUACAAUGUAAUCUUGCUACAAACGAGUGAUAGAGAGAUUUACUUUAUGACUAUUCACCAACUACCUUCUUUCACCCCCCCCCCUAAAACCCAUGGAGUAGUUAAUAGCAGUUUUUUCUGAUGCUAACCAAUGGCUCAUGAAUGUUUAGAUACCGUGGUCAAUAACUACCGAAGACCAGCUGGAUGCCACAACCCUUGCAAGGGCAAGAAAGCAACUUAACGAUGAUCAUUACGGGCUUGAAACCGUCAAGAAGCGGCUUCUCGAGUACCUAGCAGUUCUCCGUCUGAAGCGUCAAGUCAACUUGGAAACCGAGGCCGCAGCAAAGGCUGUCGAAGACCAAGCCAGGAAACUUGAAGAAAAUGUCCCCAAGGAGGGCGAGGAGACCCAGCUGAUAAAGUCUCCGGCUCCUAAGAGAGAUGAGCCGGUGGUGGUGAGGAAGCCCCUGGUCGACAAAUCGCCAAUUCUGUUACUCGUGGGACCCCCGGGAGUCGGAAAGACAAGUCUUGCGCGUAGUGUGGCCGCUGCUCUAGGACGAAAGUUCCACCGGAUCAGUUUAGGAGGUGUGAGAGAUGAAGCAGAAAUUAGGGGUCACCGCAGGACCUAUGUUGCCGCUAUGCCUGGUCUGAUAGUUAAUGCGUUGAAGAAAGUUGGGGUAGCGAAUCCGGUAAUAUUGUUGGGUGAGUUCGAGGGAAUUUCAGAUGACCCUUCUUUCUCCACCCUAAUAUCGGGACUUUUUUGAGCCUUUCUAGGCACCUUCCCAAGUUUACUCCACCUACCAGCCAUGGAAUAAACGCUAACCCUAAAUCCGCAGAUGAGAUCGACAAAAUCGGAGGAGCCAACUUUCAUGGGGACCCGAGUGCAGCAAUGUUGGAAGUUCUUGAUCCGGAGCAGAAUUGGAGCUUCACCGAUCACUAUAUCGGCAUCCCUAUCGAUCUAUCCAAAGUGGUAUGUUUCCCGCUCUCCCCGACAACAUUUCAUUCUAUCAUUUUACUUUCUUGCUCGCCGCUUUCUCUCAUUGGAGAUGGAGAGAGAGAUAGAAAGAGGAAGAGAAAAAGGGAAAAAUAAUAUACCUUGCUCUUCCUACCCGAGAUGUCAAAAAGAGCUCCCCUGUUUCCCGGCUCUGGGGCUCUCACUCUCUCACUCUGUCUUUUUCCCUCUCUCUUUGAACCAUUUGGUAUGUUCUCAGUGGUUUGAUUGCUUGCCUCGUUUAUUCACCUCCCCCUCCUAACCUUUGCCCAUCCCCACAUGUCAUCAACCCAACCUCCGGCCCCAUGGUCACUUUAACAUUUAACCCCCUACAUUUCAUGUCCCCCCUUUUCAUCCUCACUCCUUCCCCCUUGCAUUCCCCGCCCUUGUCCCAUAGUCUUUAUUUUCCCACCCUCUCCAUUUGAUUUUAAUUAUUAUUAUUUCAAUUUUCCGCACGCGAGGGUUCUGGGGGGUUGGCUCGAAAGGCACUUGCGCCCCACCCCAUUACCCCCUGCCUCGCGGUGCUCAUACAACUGUCACUUUCGACCGGAGAAGCGAGCGGAGAAUAAUUUCUUGAAAUUAUCACGUUCCUUAUGAGGCAACACACCAUCUCCUUGCCCCACCCCACCUACCCCCCUGAACUUGCUUGCAUUUGAUUCCUGCUCCUCUUCACCCCUCCUCGCUCCCUUAUCGUAGUACCGGCCUCGCCCUCCGAAUUUCCCCUAAUGCUCGCGUGUCCGGGAAGAGUUUGCGGGGAGCCGCCGCCAGUCUAUUUUUUGUUUUAAAAAUAUUUUCCGUUGCUGGCGAGAUUUUGUACUUCCCUGAUCCUGGGCUAAUAUUGAUAAUUGGGUAAUACCAGCUCUUCAUCGCGACAGCAAAUUCCGUGGACACUAUUCCGCCACCACUCCUCGAUCGCAUGGAGAGGAUCCGGUUGAGCGGGUACACAUCCCUAGAAAAAAUGCAUAUUGCAUCCCAGUACCUUAUUCCUAAACAGUUGCAAUCUAAUGGUCUAGCCGCUGGCCAGGUCGAGCUGCCGGCCGACGUGCUGUCAAAGAUCAUAACGUCGUACACGAGGGAAUCGGGUGUCAGAAACCUAGAGAGGGAAAUAGGGAGCGUCUGCCGAGCCAAAGCAGUUGAAUACGCCGAAGCCAAGGAUGCUCAUAAGGAAGAGUCGUACAAGUCCAGGGUUGAGAUCUCGGAGCUCGAGGGCAUACUCGGGAUUGAAAAGUAUUACUCGGAGAUUGCUGAACGGAGCAACAAGCCCGGUGUCGUGACGGGAUUGGUUGCUUUCAGUACCGGCGGCAUCGGUUCUAUAUUAUUUAUAGAAAGCGAGCAGAUGCCGGGUAGCGGAAGGCUGCAGUUGACGGGGAAAUUGGGCGAAGUAAUCAAAGGUUCGUCCCAUGUUUUAGAUUCCCUCUCCACCAAUCAAGUGGUGAUUACACCAAAUGCACAACAAAUCACAACGCAUGAAGAACCUAACCGAUUGACAACUCUUUUUCUUGUCCAACCCACCACACAGAAAGCGUUGAAGUAGCAUUAACCUGGGUGAAAGCCCAUGCCUACGUCCUGGGACUUACGAACCAUCCGGACGAGGAUCUUACGAAGAACAGGAACGUGCACGUGCAUUGUCCUGCAGGCGCGGUGCCGAAGGUUAGCUUUUGCGAUUUGUUGACUCGCAGCUUAUCGAUCCUCCAAUUCCUUCCCUCCCGUGAGGCAAUUAUCAGCUGACUUUUUUAUCACGGCAGGAUGGUCCGAGCGCAGGUGUUGCCUUCACGAUCGCCAUGAUAUCGAUGUUUUCCGGCCGUCGAGUAUCACCCACGCUUGCUAUGACAGGCGAAGUUUCUCUCCGAGGAAGAGUCACCCCCGUGGGUGCGUUACCAAAACUUAUCCCCCUAUCCAAUUAUACCUUCAAAGCACCCUCACCGGAAGGAGUCAACUUCAGCUAACCUGAAUUAUUGUUAUUUUUCGCAGGCGGGAUCAAGGAAAAAUUGAUAGGAGCGCUAACUGCCGGCGUAAAGACGGUGCUUUUGCCUGUGCACAACAGGAAGGAAGUACGUGAGCUCCCUGAGGAAGUCAAGAAUGGGCUCGAGAUAAUCUAUGUGAGGUAAGCGACGAAACCCUAUUUGAGCCCAUGACAAGUCGUAACCGAGAUGUGGAAUCUUUGCUGAUAUUGUCCACGGCUUGUCCUUGUAGGAGCGUAUGGGAGGCGCUUAAGCACGGUAUGCACCUCCCUGUUCUACCUAUUCUCCUUCCGGAAACUAACUGAGUUGUAGUCUGGCCCGAGUGGACCGUUGGUGAAGAAAACAUGGCGUUCGAAAGUCGACUAUGAUUGACUGCGGCAGGAUAUUACAAUAGGCGGGGAGUAGUGCGUCUUACCUGCUUUGAAUGAGUCCUGUAUUCCACUGAAUUGUGGUUUAUCUGCAUCCCUUCCAUUAGCUUUGUCACAUUGCAUGUCUAACUCGCCUCCCGAUCUUGCUUUUUCACUUAUUCAUUUAUUUUCCUCCCUUGUAUUCUCCCGCGCCUUCCAUGUCAUAACAUCUCAUAUCAUAACAUCCACUCAAAUACCCUAUCACCCGAUCCCUCAAUUGGUGAUGACGAUGACAUUAUUAUUAUUAUUACAGCCUGGUAUAUAAAUUUUAAAACUCUCCGAU